AUGAUCCCAGUGGUGAUGGGCGCACCACGAGACGAUUACUGUACCCUGGCACCUCCAAAUUCGUUCAUACACGUGGACGACUUUUCGUCGCCUGCCGAGUUGGCGGACUAUCUAAAUUGGCUUGACAGAAAUGACACCGCCUAUGCAUCCUACUUUGCAUGGAAGGCCUACGGAAAAGUUGUGACUGCAACAGAAAUCCAAUGUCGUCUGUGUGGUUUUGUGCACCAGCAUCUGAAUGACCUGCAUUCCCUUCCCACAAAGGGCUACGAGUACUUCACUAACAUAGACAAGCAGUGCAAAGUCUUCUGA